AUGGACGCUCCGGCAGUAACAAUGCUCGGGGACAUCCUGCUGUUUGGGAUGCUGUUGAUGAACGCCGGGGCAGUGCUCAACUUUAAGCUGAAAAAGAAGGACACGCAAGGCUUUGAGGAGGAGUCGAGGGAGCCCAGCACAGGUGACAACAUCCAGGAGUUCUUGCUGAGCCUCAGAUAUUUUCGAACCUUCAUUGCCCUAUGGAAUGUCUUCAUGAUGUUCUGCAUGAUCGUGCUCUUUGGCUCCUGAGCUCCAGGUACAGAACCAGAAACACACCUUCACAGAGUGUCUCUUCCUCCAUCCUGACGACUUCAAGAAUGUUUCUGACCAGAAAAGCAGUGACCUUCCCAGAAAGUCCAAGCUUGU